GUGCGCGCGUUUGUGUUCGUGUUUAUGCGUGUAAAUGUGUGUGGGUGUGUGUGUGUACGUGUGCGUGUGUUGUAUGUUUAAAUCGGUGAAAAAGGUUUCAUAAACGGUCAUGUACCGGACCGGAAGCUUCUAGAGUUCGCGACGCGUGCGGCGAGAGGAAACGAGUAUCGCACGGGCCACAGGUCGGUAGCCUUUUCGUAGGAAAACAUUCGUUUUUCGAAAACUUUGUGGGACCGUAAUGUUUGAUGAGCCGCACUGGUGCGAACAAAAUUUUUUCAUCUAUCUCCACGAUUGAAUUCAGUUCAAAUCCCUGUUCACCACGCCUUUUGGAGAGCAACUCGAGAGCAGUAUAACCAGAUCCGAAUUCUGUCAUAUUCAACUUUGGUGAACUGCUACUGAAAACUUCCGCCGACUGUUGCUGUAUACCUUGCGACUACUGUUGCGAAGAAACGUUAUUGGCAGCAACAUCGAAUUGCGUUACUUCAGAAAAACCUAUUAUCAAUUAUUCAAGAAUGAAUACCCCAUCGAAGAAGAUGAACAAAAGCAAACAAACAAAAGAGACUUUGUCUUUGGAAAAGAAGAUUGAAACUCAACAAAAAAGUUGUGAUACAAGUUCGAAGAAUGAGAAGAACUCAUCUUCGAAUGAUAAUGCAAUUGACGGAAAAAACAUUCAAGGCAGUGACUUAAAAAUCAUGAGUUAUGCAAACGUUUGUAAAGUCAUAAAACCAAAGAUCGAAAAAAUACGGACAAUAGAAGAGAGAACUUGUUACUUGAUAGAAAUAGAUGAAAAUUUAUUCAACUUGCCCAGCGACGUUGCUCUGGCUCAUUGUGUAGCUGAGGAUUUAAGAAUGGGAUUUGGAAUUGCGGGGGAAUUCAAACGUUAUUUCGGCGGUGUUGGUCAACUGUUCGACCAAAAUCUAACAGUAGGAAAUGUUGGCGUGGUUGUCAAUGAACGUAGUGAAACCGCUUUUUACUUGGUUACAAAACAAUACAGUGGCGGAAAACCUACAUUACAAUCUUUAUCAAUAGCUCUAAAGUCCCUACUAGUAAAAAUGAAAGCAUUGAAUUUAACAAAAUUAGGAAUUCCGAAAAUCGGUUGCGGUUUUGACGGUUUAGAUUGGAAGCAAGUCAAGGACCUUAUUGUUAGUAUAUUUGCUGGAACACGAAUAAGUAUAACAGUUUGCAUUCCCUCUAAAAUAUUCAAUCACGUACCGCCGCCGCAGUUGAAAGUAUAUAUAACACCGAAAGAGAUAUCGAAAUUAGAAGCGAAGAGCGAUAUUCUACUCUUCAUCGAUCUUGAAAAGUCUAAAAAGAACGAUUGGACAGAUGAUCUAGUGAAUAAAGUAAACGCCGAAUAUCCGUCAUUGAAAGAAAAGUUAUUGAAAGAUAUCAAAAGAAAUGUGUUAUGUCCCGGAGACGUAACCACUUAUUUCAUAAAAAAAAGUGAAAAUCAAUUGUUUAUUCACCAGUACAACUGCAUAUUUUAGUUCAAUUGAAAGAGGAUUUAACAAC